UUCGCUUGCCGAUAUGCUUACCCCUCCCGAAUUCAUUCUUAUGCUGACCGGUUCCGGAGACGUAACAUACAAGUAGACCAAUAACACCACGGGAAUACUUUAUCAGCGUAAAGCAAAGCUGAAAAAGAGACUGUCCAUGAUAUGGGGCUGAGAGGGGAUGCUCGUAUUUCGAGGCAGGCGAUAUAAAGACAGCGUUAGAGCUAUCUCCGCAACAUAGAUGUUUGUUCAUUUUGUGACAACAGGCCAUGGCAGAGGCACUUGCUGUAGUUGGGGGGCUUGCCGCCCUUUUACAGAUCGCAGGGUCAUCGAGAAAACUCUCGCCAGCAGCUAUCGAAUUUCUCUGAAAGUCUGACUAUGUUUCAUCAUAACUCCAAUGAGUGGUUGGACAGCAUGCUGGAGUCCCCGCAGAAGAAUAGGCGGAAAAAACACCUUGCAGGCCUGAUCAAAGAGUGUAAAGCUGUCAAAGAUGGUGCAAAAGAACUGAGAGAACGACUUUUCCCCCCAAAACCAUCGAAAUCUCGGAACGAGCUUGGUAUACUGUACCGUAUCCGGUGGUACUUCCAGAAGGCUUCCGUUGCAGGCCUAAACCUGAUGCUCGAAAGCGCAAAAACUUCAAUCAUGCUGUUCAUAACCCUUCAAAUGUGUGAAGGGCUCCGAAAACGCAUUGAUGAGUUGGAACAGGAGUUGAAUAAACCACCUGGAGAGAUCAAAACGCUCAAACAUCAAUUGCGCCACACCAGACGACAACUAAGAGAUCAGAUUGAAUACGUACAGCGAAUCCAUGAACGACUUGAGCAGCAUACCAUGAAUUCAUUGGUGUCGGGUUCCGUGAUCGGUACAAGCGCGCAAACAGUUGUCUCCGAGAUGCACGCUAUGGAGCAGUACUUCGUAAAUACUCUCCAAGCAGAGACGAUGAACUCAGAACUCGAAGCUUUGCAAGAAGAGAUGGUAGAGCAAGAAGCCACGUAUUAUACCACAAGCACUGGUGGUUUUUAGCGUAUUACUACAGUAGUCAAGUGUAAUGAAUAUGGAUUGUAUGCCUCUGACUCAAUUAUAGCAAGCUCCGAUACCAUACUGUGGCUGGUACAUGGUUAAGUAAGAAAAUUUCUUCGCUGAAGAGUGGCUCAACGUGAUGAGAUCCAUCUCACGACUGUAGUGCAGCAACCCUGAUGCAGUGAGACUAGCAAGUCUAAUCGUUGAAGUCUCAUGUCCACCAAGAAUCGACUAUCUGCAUAUUUUCGUCCGUAGCCAACCUUCAGGGGUGUGGUACAGUUACUUCAAUUCAAGAUUGGAAACACGGAAUUCAUCUUGAAAAAUGUGCUUAUCACUUGGAACUGGUUCGCGCG